ACCCCAUGGCUCUCUUUUAGGGGUACCCAUGCUUCAGUCAGGGAUAGUUAUGCCCUGAGCCAGAUGCGGGUCUUGUUCAUUGGCCGCCGGGACCCUGUCUGGUACCUGGGAGAGCGGGUACGUAUGCAGACGGUCGGGGCUUUUUCGGUGCCCAGGCCUCCGCCUGCGACCAUGCUGUCUACUCGCUCGAUAGGCGAGUCGUGGAGGGUCCACUCGAGGACUGGCGUGCCGGCGACGGAGUUGGUGAUAGAGGGAGCUAGCUAUUACCAGUUUAUCCAGGAUUCUCUUCGUCUCCCGGAGCCUGGCGCUGAGUGUCCUGACCCUUCGUUGGGGGGAUGGGUGCUUCCCGAUGCUCGGAUCUCGUAUACCGGAGAGAGUGGAUUCGAGAUUGUGGAGACUUUCCCGGAAGACCGGGUUUUCCAUGCUCCGCUCCCUGAGGGAGUAGAGGCGGUAUGCACCUUUUUAUUUGUGUACUCUUCUUAUAUUUUUUCUUUCUUUUUUUACUUACAUUCUUGUUUCAGGUUCCGGCCCGUACGGCCAAUGCGAUGGUGGGGGUGAUCAACCGGUUGAAGUCUGCGUUGGUUCGAGCUCGGUCUGCACUUUCUUGCAGGAGUCCCCACUCUACUCGGGUAAUGUGUCCUCUUUUUUCCUUUUGAUCUGUACCUUUUGUUUGGCUUUCGGUUAUUCACUCUCUUUUUUAUCCUUUUUUGCAGACGGCUGCUGGACGUGCCGGGGCCGACGACGCGGGUCCCUCGGGCGGGGGACACGGUCGUGAGAGAGAGAGGGCACGGCACUCGCCCCUACGGCAUCGCCGUUCUGGCGCGGGGGUGAGUUCUUCCGGGGAGAGGUCCGAGCCGGAGCGUAGGCGAGGUUCCGUGUCGGUGGCCCGAGAGCCUAGCCCCGAGUUGCAGUCACAACCUCAUUUUUGGGGUGACUCUGGCUGGGGGCCCUCAUACCACGGGGAGUGAAGUGGAUGGACCGGCGAGGCUUGGAGACAUGGAGCCGAUGACGAGUCUUAGGCUUACCUCCUGUUUUGUACAUAUUCAUUCUUGU